AGAAGUGUCAUUUGCAUUUUGCAUCACGUUCAGUAAAUCUUUGACUCGCAGCGUGUUAAAUCGUGAAAAGAGUUUUUUUAACGUGUUAUAAGUUCUGAAAAUGCCUCGACGAGGUCGUUCAGCGAGCCCACCACCAGCACCACGACGUGCUGCACCACCACCGAGCAAUGUCCCGGCCCAUGCUCCACCCUCGACGCCUGCCCCCAUGGGCGCUCAGCCCCAGCAGCCUUCCCUGUUCGGUCAGAUGGCCGCUACCGCUGGUGGAGUAGCCGUAGGAUCGGCAGUUGGUCACAUGGCUGGCAGCGCUUUAACUGGUAUGUUCAGUGGUGGCAGCAGCGAGCCGGCACCACAGCAGCAGGCGGCCCCACCCCAGGCCACCUACAACCAGCUGCAGGGCCAGCCCCCCACUGGCCCGUGCGCAUGGGAGAUCAAGCAGUUCCUUGAGUGCGCCCAGCAGCAGCAUGAUCUCUCCCUAUGCGAGGGAUUCAACGAAGCCCUCCGCCAAUGCAAAGUCACCAACCGCAUCUAAAGUGUUGCCAAUAUUCCAAUUUAAUUUUUCCAUUAUAUGUUUAAAUAUUUUUCUUUUUAUUUCAGUUAAUUCAUGAAUAUUUAUGAAUAUUAUAUUUUGACGUAAUUUCAGUUUCUGUACAUAGUACAAUGUUUAGAUGUAUCUAGUAUUAAUUAAUUAUGUUAAAUUAUGACGUAAUAUAGCCUGAUGUUAUUUUGUUUAGUAAAUCAAUAAAAAAACAUGGAAAAACACCAA